UCUUGCCAUUCACCUUCCAGAAACCUUUGAGAGCAGUACCAUGGCUGCGGUUUCGUCUGAGAUGGAAGCAGGAAACUUAUGUCGGUCUUCGAAUUAAAUUAUUUAACACUGAAGAGCCAAUGCCGUGUUUUACGCGCCUACACCCGCGGGAUAUCACGUCGGCAUGAAGGAGCACGGCAAUGAGAAGUACAAAGCUCAUGGAACCUCAGUGCCGAAGAAAACUCUUCUGACUGUCUUAUGCCUUCUAACAUUGGAAGCUACAGUGGUCGCUCAUGGCUCUAGAGUUGCCGCACCCCAAGCCGUCAGGUUCAGUUCCUACAAUCUGAGGAAUGUUCUGGAGUGGAGUCCCGGAGAUGGAACAGGAAAUAGGACGCGCUACACAGUUCAGUACGCAAUAUACGGUGAUGGGGAGAAGAACAAGAACAGGGUGGUGUGGAGGACUAAGAGGCAGUGUAUGGAUACUCUCCAGACUCUCUGCGAUCUGUCAAAUGAGACCAGAGACCUGGAAGAGGAGUACUACGGCAGGGUGAAAGCCCUCAGUGCAGCAGGCGCCUCAAAAUGGAUCACAACAAGCAGGUUCAUCCCCAAACGGCAGACCACCUUCGGACCUCCCAUCGUAAAAGUCACAGUCGCUGAGAGAAAACUGAUCGUUAAACUGAAAGGCCCAAUGAGGUGGAAGAUUGGGAACAGCACAAAAGAGCAGUCUUUAGCAAAGUACUACCCUCAGAUGAUGUACAACGUAUCCAUCCACAACAAUAACACCAAGAAAAAGAUGAUUUUCCUUCUUCAUAAUAACUCAUUGGAAUAUGGUCUUCUGAACUACAGCACUGAGUUCUGUGUUUCUGCAAAGGUCCUCUUCUUAUCCUUAACAUUCCAGUCUCAAGCCUCUCACGACCAGUGUGUAACAACUGCCAAAGAUCCCUUUUUUGACCAGAUCUUGCUGGUGUUGCUGGGGUACAUUUUGCCUUUAGCGCUCGCCACGUUUGUCCUGAUGCUGAUCGGUUGCAUUGUGUACCACUACAUUUUUGGCAAUAAGCAGGAAAAGCCGUCCAAUCUGUGGGUGCGACACCUGCCCGUCACCGACCUGCUGCUCACCGUGAACCUCAUCAGCAUCAGCGUGCCCAAGCCCAGCCCCGAGGAGGAACCAAGGGAGCCGGACGUCCUGAUCGAGUCCCCGUUUCCCCCCAAAGAGCCGGAUGAGGGGAAGCCUCUGGUCCCCGGGAACCCGGCCUACGCCGCCCAAGCGUGCGUGCCCCCGCUCGCGCCCCGGCUGGAGCCCACGGGCGACAACGACGGCGAGGCCGACCCGUGGCGCUGCCGUUCGGCGCCCUGGCGGGAUCAGAGCCAGGGCUCCGACUACGGGAUCGUGGUGAAGGCCUCGUUGCCGGAGGAGGAGGAGGAGGAGGAGAAGAAGGAGGAGGAGGAGGAGGAGGAGGAGGGCGAAGGAGAGCCUGAUGGACGCGGCGGGCCGGACGUCUCUUCCUCAGCGGUCAGGGAUGGAGCUCGGCCGAGCGAACAGCUCCCACGGGACGACUGCGCGCGGUGGAUGGCCUACAGGCGGCAGUUCCAGGCCGCCCGCACCAGCGGGCACGAAGAGGAGGAGGACCAGGAGGAGGCCGAGGACGCCGACACAGGUGGGAGCAUCCUGGUGGACUGGGACCCGAACACCGGGAAACUUCAGAUCCCGAGCCUCUCUCUGUUACAAAUGGAACCCGACCAGGUCGAGGAGGAAAGACCGGAAUGCGACCAGGUGCAACCGAUGGACAUUUUUUCCAACGUGUACGUCAGACAGUCGUCUGAGGCCUCCAGCGAAUCGGAGGACGCCCUGACAAAAAUUGAGAAUAACUGGGCUCUACAGAUCAAUAUGUAAAAAUAAUAAAAACGCAUUCUUCACAGGGAUUAUUUAUAAAUAUAGAUAUGUGUGUUCUUUUCUUGAAUCAGGUUACUCAAUUUAAUAUCUCAUACAGAAGGUUUCCUAGCUUGGAGAGGAGCUAAAUUGAGCUAAUUUGAAGAUGAAUUAGAUGGGGUGGAUAAAUUCCUGGGUGGAACAAAAGCUUGCAGACGUUUUGGGCCUCUGGGACCAGAAGUGAGUAGCUCUGGGUGAAGCAUGCUUAUCUCAGUGAAUCCCUUAUCUCAGUAUAAACUAUAUUGUGUUUAUAAAUAAUAAUACUUACUAUUUUUCCAGUUACAAUAAUACUGCAAUUUCUAUGGAAUGUUUACAUAUCUAAUUUGCUGUAAUGAAGGAUAAUAAUGAAGUUAUUCACUCAGGUAUUUUUUAAAGCAACUUUUUAAUUAAUAUUUUAUACUAUAUUUGUAUUGAUACAUUGCUUAUUUAAGCCCUUAUUGAGGGAUGUUGAAUUAUUAAGAAAUAUAGGCUUAAUAGAAUUGAUGGUGUAUGAUUGAAGGCAGAUUAAACUGAUUUUCAUAAUGAAUAUUGAAGGUCAGGUUUUUUACCUUCUUAUACAAGCUCUCCUGUAAGUGAGCCUAGGUCAUAUUUUUAACGCAUUGAGCCUUCCUUGAAAAUAUAAUCUUACUUGUGCACUUUAAGGCAGUUGUAAUUUUGACUUUUUUUCUAUUAUAUUUUAGUUAAUGUGUCAUUAUAUGUACCUUUCAAGGGGAAAAAAACCUUCUGGGAAUAUACUUUGCAGACAUUGUUUAACAAGCCUACUAAGCUUAUGACAGGACAGAUAUUCUGGAACACAGUUGAACAGGAAUUCCAUUACACAUUCUGGAUUAUAAUUAAUAUAGGGCUUUCAUGUCACCAGUGCUGAGGUGGAACUGGGAUUUCCCACCAAACUUUCACAUAUUCUUUUCACCAAUGUUUUCAUUAUGUUAAAAAAAACACCAACACAUUUAAAGGCUUUAAAAAAGCAGCUGUUUAUUAUUACUGUGGAAACAAAAGCAGUUUUGUUGAACAAUGAUUGACCAGUUCAAUGAUUGUUCAACAAAACCCAGAAAUGUGUAGCCACUUCUUUACGGCUCAGAAGAAGAAAUCUAAAUGAAGUAUAAAUAUACAACCUUACAGUUUCAAAAUGUCUGUGCUAUACAUAGAAAGUACAUGAAUUGCCCUGAUUUGAUUUUCACUCAUAAUAAUCCAGUGUAUUCAAAAUGUGAAAUGUUGAUUGGUAAAAAAAUGAAAUACUGAAAUAAUUACAGAAAGAAAAAUCUAUGUUGAAAAUGGCAACAGGCUAUAUUGUAGUUGCACAGGAGAAUUUAACUACUGUAACUGUAAAUAUAUUCAUAAGUUAUGUUGCAUGUUAUUUUUGUUUUGUGAUUAAUUCAUUGUUCAAUCUGAAUGUCAUAUUAUAAAAUAUAUAUUUUUCA